UCCGUUGGAGCAUCCUGCUUGGCUGAAGAGCUGUGGCAGAGCUCCAAUUCCGUGGAUCGGAAGUAUUAUUAUUGUUUUAUUGGUUAAUGUAGAUGGUAUAACUCAUGUACCAAUUUAUAAUUAUCACACUAACCCCAUGUGCUCAUGUACGAUACUUCACGGUGUAUGGUUCGUGUUUGGACAGGCCUAAGGUUAAAUAGGGUACAUUGUUUAUAUUCUUGCGUAUAAGGGACUGUGAAGUUUUCGAAGCUGUGGGAUUGAAUUCUGAAAUGUCUACGCCGUUCGGUGUCCUGUUUAAAUAAACUGAACGGCUAAUCUGAUCUGAAAAUGAAACAAGAGUACCAGGACCUCAUCUUGCAGGCGUGCGGCGCGUCAAAGAUGAGUGUAGGCGCAAACAUCCAGCCAUUAUGGAGCGGCUAUGGGAAGAUAAUUCGAGUUCAUCUGGAAGGGAGUGAUCGGCCCUCCGUUGUUGUGAAACACGUCAAAUUUCCAAAUGAUACCGAGCGUACGGAUCACUCUCACAUGCGUAAAGCAAAAUCGUACCACAUCGAGAGCCACUGGUACAAGAACUACUCCACCAAGCCCAGCUGCAGGAUACCAGCAUGUCUGGCGACCCAUUCAUGUGGAGAAGAGAUGCUGUUAGUUCUAGAGGAUCUUGAUGCGGCCGGCUUUGAUCAGCGAAGGACCAGCGUGAAAGACAGAGAAAUACGUGUUUGUCUCAGAUGGCUGGCACACUUCCAUGCUCUCUUCCUGGGUGUGGAUCCAGAAGGCCUGUGGCCGGUUGGUACCUACUGGCACCUGGAGACCAGGCCAGAUGAGCUGGAGUCCAUGGAGGACGGCAAGCUCAAGACAGCUGCUGGGGACAUCGACAGCACCCUAAAUGAAUGUCACUUCAAGACCAUUGUUCAUGGGGACGCCAAAUUAGCAAAUUUUUGUUUUACCCAAGGAGGACGGGAUGUUGCGGCAGUUGACUUUCAGUACGUUGGCGGAGGCUGUGGAAUGAAAGACGUUAUUUAUUUAUUGGGAAGUUGUCUGGAGGGGCGAGAGUGUCAAAAGAAAGUGCCAGGCUUGUUGACCCAUUAUUUCAAAGAGCUAAAGUCGUCGGUUAACAAAGAGGUGGACUUUGCUGCCCUCGAGGCGGAGUGGACAGAGAUGUUCGCGUUUGCAUGGGCAGACUUCGAUCGUUUCCUGCUGGGGUGGAUGCCUGGACACUUGAAAAUAAACUUUUACAGCCAACAGUUAACCAAUGAAGUACUACGAAAAUUAGAGCAGUAAACUGGAAAUAUGAAAAAUUCAAUGAAGUCAGCUCAGUGGUUUUAGAAACAAACCUGCAACAUGUGUACACACCUACAACACACAUCUGUAGCAAAUUAAUAUACUCCACUGUAAAAUAGAUUAUCUUUAUUAACUCAUUUACUCAGUAAUUUAAAACGAGUAGCAUACAACUUAAUUAUUGUGUCAGAUAAGUACUGUUUUCAACAUAUUUUAUUUCCAAAUGCAACAUAGUUCAUUUGGAAAUCCAUCUUCCCACAGUCCAUAAACAUCCAAGAUGUGUCAAAAUGUGAAAAUAAAAAAAUUCAAAACAUGGGCAUGGAUCUCUAAAUAUAUUCAUUAUUAUUAUUAGAAACUACAGUUGAAUACAGUAUUUUAUACAACAUCUGUUGUCCAGUCAGGAUCGUCGGUAAGGCUACAGAGGAACCAUGACGUCGUUUCCGGUAUCACGCCCGACAAUACAACAACAAACCUGCCAAGCUACGGAUCGUGGACGUGAAGACCAAGAAACCACAUUUGGUGGUUGUAUUGCAUUUUAACCCUAAAUGCAAAGCAACCGCACGACAAAAAAUCUUUUUGGUCAGACCCGCAACAAGUUUGAAAGGCAAUGAGAGCAGUGUUUUGCCCCGCUCCUGAUCUACCUACCUGGCCUCCCAGCCAUCAUUGACACAGGUUAGAUUGGUGCCAUGAGUAAUAUGAGCAAUGGACUCGGGGACAGUUGACAGUCCUGUCACCUUGGUCAUCAAGGCGCCCAACCAGAAGUACAAUGACCAGACCAUCAACUGCUUCCUCAAUUGGACUGUGGAGAAGCUGAAGAGCCAUAUCUCCAUUGUGUACCCUAGCAAGCCGUUGUCCAAGGACCAGAGGCUUGUCUACUCAGGCAAACUGCUCCAGGACCACCUGCAGCUCAAAGAUGUGCUCAGAAAGCAGGACGAGUAUCACAUGAUGCACCUGGUGUGUGCCUCCCGCAGCCCCCCAGCCUCCCCAACGCCGCCCCGUCCCUCCUCCCCCACUGCCAACGCCAGCUCCAGCAGUAGCAAUUCCGAGGAUGCCGGCUCCGCCUCCUUGGCCGGUUCAGCCAAUCAGGCAGGUCCACCAACUGCCCCUUCCAUCUCCGUACCAGGAGGUAAUGAUGGGCUGAGGUAUCGAGGGGGCUUCCCCCAGUCCGGCGCCCAUAUCACCACCGCUGCUGGUGCCAUGCCUUGGCCACAGGGGACAGCGUUUCCCCCCCAGGCAGGGCUGGGGCCCACCUCCGGCCCCCACCCCAUAUACACGCCCAUGCAGGUCCUCUGGUGGCAGCAGAUGUACGCACGGCAGUACUACAUGCAGUAUCAGGCAGCGGUGGCGGCCGCCCAGCCCGCUACUUCCGCCGCUCCCCUGGCGCCCCCUGGCCCCGCCCCCUCGCCACCGCAAAUGCAGCCGGCCCCGCCCAACGAGCGCAUGCCGGCGGCGCUGGGGCCCAACGCGGCGGCCCCCAACCCUCUGCCCGAGAACCCGCCGGCCAACGCCAACAUCCAGAUGAACGCGCAGGGCGGGGCCGUGCUGAACGACGACGAGCUGAACCGCGAUUGGCUGGACCGGCUGUACGGCGUGUCGCGGGCCGGCGUGCUGCUCGGCAUCGUCUACUUCUACUCCUCCUUCAGCCGCUUCGUCAUGGUGCUCGGAGCCAUGCUGCUGGUCUACCUGCACCAGGCCGGCUGGUUCCCCUUCAGGGCCGAGCAGCAGCAGGACCCCGGGGCUGGACAACGGGACGCAGCUCCGAGGGGGGAGGCGGAACGGCACCGGGACCUCCAGGAGAUGGAGCGACUGAUGGAUGAGGGCAUGGAGGACAAUGACGGUGAGGAGGAGGAAGGUGGAGGAGCAGGAGAAGGCGAUGAGGAGCAGAGCCAGGCCCAGGCCGCGGUCCAGCAGCCAGGCUUCCUCACCUCCGCCUGGUCCUUCAUCAGCACCUUCUUCACCUCCCUCGUCCCAGAGGGACGGCCCCAGCCUGUCAACUAAUGAUCAAGUCGUCCCCCACUCCCACCACAGACACUACCUUAAUGACCACCGCCGUAGCACGACCCCUCCAUCCACCCGACCAACGCCACACCCCAGAGGCCGUGCUACCCAGGUUCACAGGGUACACUCUCCAUGGGAUAUGACUCUCCAGGAUGGUCUAGUCAGAACAGCCGGAUUUCAACAUGAAAUUCUGAAACAAUGAAUUUAGAUGGAGGGAAAUCUCUCUAGCUCAUACACACACACACACACACACACACACACACACACACACACGUAUGACCUUGGUUCUAAACACCAACAGGAUACUGAAUGAACAAUUCCUUAUUAACUUCAAUCACCCUGCUGGCAUUUAUAACAAAUAUGACCGCCAGGUGAACAGGGCCAAUAAUAGCCCAUUUAGCAAAAACAGCCUGUUAAACAAAACGAUAAAUCAACUGACAUUUUAGAAAGAACAACAUUAAAACAUCUAAAACGGCAAGUUAAUGGUACUUCUAUUUGAGAUUUUCUUUCAUUAAUUAUGUGAUCGUAAGUAGAAGGGACUUCUAUUGUGAAAAAUUCAUAAAGGCUGCCGUAAUUCAGACACUUGGGAGAUUUCUGUUGGAAAUUGCUGGACGACUAAAGAAAACAUUUUUGUUUUUCAUGUUCAAUUGUAUUUUCAUGACAAUUGGAUAAGAUGAUUGAUUUUCAGUAAUGCAAUGCCAUCGUUUUGCCCCCCCAUAUGAAUUUACAUAAAUAUAUGAAGUUUAUGCAUCGUUAUUAAGCCCUCAAUAAUUGCUCUUUUUAAAUAAAUGCCUAGUUGCAGUUUGACUGAAUGUGCUGUAUUUCACCACCCUCUAAUGAUGUCCACAAGGGGGCGCCGUCGCCAUUCAGCAGAGCCUUGUUGCAGAAGAGGUCUAUUCAGUGCAGUGGUUGUGUUUACUGUUUCAUUGUACUACUUGGUACUAAAGGUACACUGCUGCUGCAUGACUAAGAAGUGCUUGCGCUUUUCUAUUAGAAGUUAAGGAAAUUGAUCCCUAAAAGAAAUAAGUUAAACUGCGGUUGAUUAUUGUCCAAUGUACUAUUUGCCACCCUGUAAAUUAAAUAUGGCAUACAAAAAGCAACCUUGUAUAUGGCAAUAAACACACUCAAAAAAGGCUGUUUGUUUUAUUUUGUAUCAAUGAUGAUUACAUACAAAUUCAAACAAGACUGAAUGCAGUGAAAGUCACAUACUGCAGAUUUUCCUUGAAGUUUUCUACUCGUGUUUUGGAGUAGACCCGGUGGAUUAUAAAUGUUGUGCCUGAGUUACUUGGUCUAAAACCCAAGAAU